AUGAAACCCAUGCUGGGCCUGGGCCUGUUCCUGGCUGGCCUUCUCACUGUGAAAGGUCUCCUGAAGCCCAACUUCUCACCAACCAAUGAUGGAGCUGUGAGCCAGGCCCGAGAGUGGAAGGGAAGGAUGGCAGCCAAGGACCUUGCAAGGAGCAACACGGAUUUUGGCUUCAAGAUGCUCAAGAAGCUGGCCUCCAGCAGCCCUGGCAAGAACGUCUUCUUCUCCCCCUUGAGCAUCUCCACAGCCUUCUCCAUGCUGUGUCUGGGUGCUCAGGACUCCACCCUGGCUGAGAUCAAGCAGGGGUUCGACUUUAUGAGGAUGUCUGAGAAAGACCUUCAUGAAGGCUUCCAUUACCUCAUCCACAGGCUGAACCAGGACAACCAGAAUAUCAAGCUGAGCCUUGGGAACACCCUGUUCAUGGACCAGAGGCUGCACCCUCAGCAGAAGUUUCUGACAGAAGCCAAGAACCUGUACAAUGCAGAAACUGUCCCAACCAACUUCCAGAACUUGGAAGAUGCUCAGAAGAAGAUCAAUAACUAUAUCAGUCAGAAGACCCAUGGGAAAAUUAAUAACCUGAUCAGGAAUAUAGACUCUGGCACUGUGAUGCUUCUUACAAAUUACAUUUUCUUUCGAGCCAGGUGGCAACAUGAGUUUGAUCCAAAUGCAACUAAAGAAGAAGACUUCAUUCUGGGCAGAAACAAGUCAGUGAAGGUGCCCAUGAUGUUCCGUGGGGGCAUGUACGAAGUCGGCUAUGAUGACCAGCUCUCCUGCGCCAUCCUGGAAAUUCCCUACCAUGAAAACAUCACAGCCACGUUCGUUCUGCCUGAUGAGGGCAAACUGGAGCACGUGGUGGAAGGAUUGCAGGAGGACAUUUUUGCCAGAUGGAAAAAAUUAAUCUCGCACAGGGUUGUAGAUGUGUUCAUUCCCAAGCUCCACAUCACAGGUACCUAUGACCUGAAGAAGACUCUCUCCGACAUGGGUAUCACCAAAAUCUUUGAGGAACACGGUGAUCUCACCAGGAUCUCCCCAAAUCGCAGCCUGAAAGUGGGCAAGGCGGUACACAAGGCUGAGCUGAAGAUGGAUGAGCGGGGGGCAGAGGGGGCCGCAGGCUCCGGAGUGCAGACGCUGCCCAUGGAGAGGCCGAUAAAUUUCAAGAUAAACAGAUCCUAUCUGCUGAUUAUUUACGAGAAGAUCACGCCUUCCAUGCUGUUCUUGGGAAAGAUUGUUUAUCCUGGUGGGAAAUAAAGGGGAAUUCCAGCUUGCGGUGGACCUCAA